UAUCACAUCAUAUUUUCACAAUGGAUAAGUUGCAUACUGACCCAAUCAACAUUCAACCUUGUCCCUUCCAUUCACACAUUCCACUAAUCGCAAAAAUGGCAACAUCUCUAUUCACCUCCCUUCUCCCCUUCACUUCAUCAACUACAUCACAUUCAAAGCUCUCACCAUUUCGUUCAUUCAGAGUCUCAGCUUCUGUCUCGGUUCCUGAAAAUCACACUCCCAGAAGAGAAUUCUUAAAGGGUGUUGCUCUUUCUCUCCCACUUAUUGGUCUCACUGACCCACCUCACGCACAAGCUAGAGACGUUGCAGUUGGCUCUUUCCUCCCUCCUUCAUCAUCAGACCCUUCUUUUGUUCUCUUUAAAGCUUCUUCUAAAGAUACUCCUGCCCUUCGAGCAGGAAAUGUGCAGCCAUACCAAUUCAUCCUUCCCCCAACAUGGAAACAGCUUCGUAUAGCUAACAUACUAUCAGGAAACUACUGUCAACCAAAAUGUGCAGAGCCAUGGGUGGAGGUUAAAUUUGAAGAUGAAAAGCAAGGAAAAAUUCAGGUAGUGGCUUCACCUUUGAUACGCCUAACCAACAAACCAAAUGCAACAAUUGAGGACAUCGGGAGCCCAGAAAAGUUGAUCGCUUCUCUUGGCCCAUUUGUCACCGGAAACACUUUUGAUCCAGAUGAGCUCGUCGAGAUGUCAGUUGAAAAGCUUGAUGAUCAAACGUACUACAAAUAUGUGCUUGAAACUCCAUUUGCUCUUACUGGUUCACACAAUCUUGCAAAAGCAACAGCUAAGGGAAACACUGUCGUUUUAUUUGUGGCUAGUGCAAAUGACAAACAGUGGCAAACUUCUGAGAAGAUUCUAAAGACCAUGCUUGAUUCAUUUAAAGUGUAGUUUUUUGUUGUUAAAGAACAACUUUGUCUUUGUAAAUAUCUGAUCAAUGAACCUUACCUUCUAUGACCGCGGACGCUUCUCCAACAUCUUGAGUCGACAGCCACCAUCUUUGAAAUGUGGAUCCACUUCCUUCAUUUUGGCACAUCGACCUAAUGCAUGUACCUAAUUUGAAGCUUGACCUCAAGGGCUUGCACAGUUGCGCUCGUACCUAAUUUUAUCUCUAUGUGGUUAAAGCUUGCUUGGAAGUUCAAGCAUUUGAUAUAGGGAAAAAUAUAUAACAUGUCAGUUUAAUAACUAGUCGGACUUGUGACUAAUCCGAUGGAACUUUGUGUUGAAACACAGGAAUUGGACCAUAUACAAUUAAAAAGGACAUAACAUAAACAAGUAAU